GAUAUGUUUCCCACAUUGAGAGCAUAGCCGAUUCCAAUUCUUUAUCUACUCAUACUACAGAGUAAAGAUUCAUCAAACACCAUGUCUUUCUUCGAUCCUGCUCCUAAGCCUAAGAGCCUGCUUGGCUACCAUAGAGUGCUUGCACCUACCGCAGGCAUCAAAUGCUCACCACUAUGCCUUGGAGCAAUGAACUUUGGCACUGGAUGGAAGGACUUCAUGGGCGAGUGCGACAAGGACACCAGUUUCGCUGUACUCGACGCCUUCUUCGAUCUAGGCGGUAACUUCAUCGACACUGCCAAUGCCUAUCAAUGCGAGGAGUCUGAGGAAUGGCUUGGAGAGUGGAUGGAAAAGAAGAAGAACCGCGACCAGAUGGUUAUCGCGACCAAGUAUACCACUGGAUACAGAGGUCACGCUCGUGAUGCCGAGCCUUUGCAGUCAAACUUCGUAGGCAAUUCCUUCAAGUCCAUGCACAUCUCCGUAAACCGCUCUUUGAAGAAGCUUCGCUCGGACUACAUCGAUUUACUCUACGUACAUUGGUGGGAUUUCUCUACCAGUGUGGAGGAAGUCAUGCAUGGACUCAAUGCCUUGAUCACCGCUGGGAAGGUGCUCUACCUCGGAGUUUCUGAUACUCCUGCCUGGGUCGUGGUCAAGGCCAAUGACUACGCUCGCGCUCACGGCCUGCGUCCCUUUUCGGUCUAUCAGGGCAAGUGGAACGCCUCUUACAGAGACAUGGAGAGAGAAAUCAUCCCCAUGUGUCAGGACCAAGGUAUGGCACUUGCACCCUGGGGUCCUCUUGGCCAGGGCAAGUUCAAGACCAAGGAGGCCCGCAGCAAGGAGCACGAAGGCUCUGCUCGUGCAUCUCAAUCCAAUGAGCAGGAGAUCGCUGUAUCAGAGGCCCUUGAGAAGGUCGCGGACAAGCACAACGCGACCAUGCACGGAGUUGCUCUUGCAUACGUCAUGCACAAGACUCCGAACGUCUUCCCUAUUGUCGGACAGCGCAAGGUCGAACAUCUCAAGGCCAACAUUGACGCAUUGAGCAUUAGACUUACGCAAGAGGACAUCAAAGAGAUUGAGGGAGCGGCACCCUUCGAUCCAGGAUUCCCGCACACUUUCUUGUUCGCCGACAAGUGGGACGUCACGAACAACACUGCAGCGGACGUCAAGCUCACAGGACUAGCGGCCAGAAUUGACGCUCCCCCUACUCAAAAGCCAGUACAGCCUCGUACUGAAGUCUAAGUUUAGAUAAUCUUUUAUGAAGCACUUUGGACAUUUAUGCCGGCAAUGUUGUCUCAAUUCGGUCCUAUGAACUACCUAGGAAAGCAAAAAACGGACGUAACUUCGUCGUACUAUAUGUAAUGUCCAUGACUG